UGAGCUCCUGCCAUUUCAAUGCAACUGAUUUGAAUGUUUUCAAAUCAUAACAAACACGGAGGUCAGAAGUAAUUUUUUAAUAUCCUUAGUCUGAAGAGGAGAUGAUUUGGUGACUCCCAAAGGCUGCUUUAACACUGCAGUUACUCCAGAGACGCAGUUGCGUACGUGCCACAGAAAUUUUGCCAUUCCUAAUUCCAAUAAUAACAUAGACAAUAAGUGAUCACCAGACAGAGGUAUGGAUGUUUUUGGAGGUGCUCCACGCGUGCUUGCUUACCCACGCCCAGUACUGGUAAUCUCUGGAGCAGACGCUGUGCUUAAUUGUCAGAUUGUUGGAGAUCCACAACCAGAUGUGAUCUGGGAGCGAAAGAAUGAGCCUAUCUUCCCUGAGGGUCGUUACCGUAUUGCCCAAAAUGACAAGAUGUACACCCUUUACAUUUCUGGGGUGACAAUUCAAGAUGCAGGACAGUAUAUCUGCAAGGCCAAGAACAGUAUUGGGGAAACCUAUGCAGCUGCUACCCUUAAAGUGGAAGAGGAGAAACAAGAGCUCCAGCAAACACAGCAACAACAACAACAACAACAACAACAACAGGACGUAAAGGUGGUUUCACCAGAACAGGAACUCAAAAUCAAGAAGCAACAGCAGUUAGAGCUGGUACAUGAAGCAGACCCAUUCCAAGACAACAAGCCUCGAUUUUUGAUCAAACCUCUCUCUCUAAGAAUAGAUAAGGGUGAAGAUGCUGCUUUCUCCUGCAAGCUGUGGGGUGACCCCUUGCCAGCGGUGGUGUGGGCGAAAGAUGGCAAACAAUUGAAUGAGAUCUAUGAGAGUGCCCAUUACCAUGUGGGCCAGCAAGAUGGUGGCUGGUUCCAGCUCAAGGUCUUUAGAACAAGAGCCCCAGAUGGAGGUGUCUACACAUGCAAAGCGGUCAAUGAGCACGGGGAAGCAAUGGCUGGAGCAGUGCUCCUCAUAGAGCCCAUUCCAGAUCAAAGAGAGGGAAACGUGACAAAUGGCUACACAAAUGGCCACUGGUCACCACACCAAAGUAAAGAAAUGCAUUCGAGGGCCAAACACUCUAAACAGCCUCACCUGAACGUUGCAAAGGCUAAGAAGUUCACUGUCACAGAAGGAAAAAAUGCCAAGUUCCGUUGUUAUGUCACAGGCAAGCCCAAGCCAGAGAUAGUGUGGAAGAAAGAUGGAGAGUCUGUUGUGCCGGACCGAAGGCAUCUCAUUUAUGAAGAUAGAGAGGGGUACUACACUCUGAAAGUACUGUACUGCAAGCAGCAGGAUACAGGACUCUACAUAUGUGCGGCCUCAAACGUGCUGGGAAACACACUGAGUGCUGUGCAUCUGUCAGUAAAAGGGCCAAAAGUCCGAUUCAAGCGAGCUCUGCGGGAUGUAGAGGUUAGGGAGAGGGAUGUUGCUGUUCUGGAAUGUGAAGUUCCAGAAGAGUCCAUUUCCACAGCAUGGUACAUGGAGGAUCAGAGGCUUCAGCCUGGGAACAAGUAUAGCAUGGAACAGAAGGGCACAUGCAGACUGCUCACCAUACGAGACGUUGGUGCAGAUGAUGAUGGAGUUUACCUGUGCGAAAUGCCUGAUGGUGGAAAGAGCAUUGCAGAACUGGCAGUUAAAGGUACAAUUGUGAAGAAACUUCCUAGGAGGUUAGAAGUGAUGGAGGGAGAGAACGCAGCGUUCUGUGUGGAAGUGGAAGAGGAUGAGAUGGAGAUUUUCUGGUUUAAAGAUGGACUGCAGUUACGUGAAACACAUCAGACCAUUAUCAAGUCCUUUGGAAAAACCCACAUCCUGGUCUUUGUCAACACAUCAUACCAAGACUCUGGCACGAUCGCUUUUAUGGCAGGCAGGUCAAAGACAAGCUGCAAGCUCAGAGUAAAAGCUGCUCGACACUGCCCACCUAUCUGCCCUGUGAGUGUCCAGAUGAAAACUGACUAUCCAAAUGGUGCAAUCCUUUCCUGGACACCAUCACCUAACUUGCAAAACUCCAGUAAGUCAGUGUAUGUGCUAGAACGACAAGAAGUGGGCUCUCAGGAGUGGCAGCGAUGCCUGACAAUGGAGACAGGCACUUCUGCUGAAGUCCUGGGUGACAGUGUGCCAUGUGAGGGUGAUUACCGUUUCCGCAUCAGCUGUGUUAAUAAAUAUGGCAGAAGUGGGCAUGUGGAGUUCCCCAACAUAGUACAUCUAGUCCCAGGUCCAAAGAUCAAAACCCCUCUGAAGAAUGCUGUGGUUGCUAUAGGGGAAGAUGCUGUAUUCUUCAUUGAGCUCUCUACUUCCAUGAUUGGCACGUGGUUCCUGAACAGCACACAGCUGCAGGAGAGCGAAUGCUUCUCCAUAACUCAGUCAAAGAACGAACACAUUUUACAAAUCCAUCAGGUGCUUGAUGUGUUUGAUGGAGCUGAGAUCACCUUCAUUGCGACUGGCGUACGAGAUUCGGCAGUUCUACAGAUUAUAACACCCGUGGUGAAAUUUUUACCUCUGUCAGAGAUGGACACAAAGAAGAACAUUGAGGUGGGAAACCCUAUUGUGCUGUACUGUGAGGUAUCCCACCCCACGGCCAUUGUUCGGUGGUUUAAAGACGAACAGGAGCUGCAUUUACAGGAUGGUCUGAAUAUCCAAUCAGAUGGCAAUAUGAGGAGGAUUGUCAUUCAAUCUGCGGAGUACUCUCAUUCUGGAGUUUACACCUGCCAAUUGAAUAAUGACACUCUCGCAUUUAAUGUGAAUGUGGAAGCACCCUGCUCUGUGUUUGAGAGUCUGUCAGAAGCAGAGCGAAAAAGGUCUGUAGAGGCAGGAGAUCCAAUAGUUCUCCACUGUAAGGUGUCAAACCCUGAAGCUGAGGUGUGCUGGUUUAGCAAUGGCAAGCCUCUAUCUCCCCAGGAUGGCAUAGAUAUUCAGACAAAUGGGAACAUCAGGACACUGAUCAUCCAGUCUGCAGAUUUUAACAACUCUGGGAUAUAUAGUUGUCAGUCAGCUGAUGAUGUAGCUGUGUUUCAUGUGGACAUUUCAGUCCCCCCUGUGUCAUUUAAAGAGGUUCCACAGGAAGAGAGACAGAAAAGCACAAUGGAGCUGGACCCUGUGGUGCUGACCUGUGAACUCUCCAGACCAGAUGCCAAUGCCUGCUGGUUUAAAGAUGGAACUGAGGUUCUUCAAUCAGACAACAUCACCAUCCAGUCUGAAGGCACCAUGAGAAGACUUAUAAUCCGUUCAGCAGAGCUGGUCGAUGCAGGGAUGUAUACUUGCCAAGCAGGCGACCACACCACAUCAUUUUCUGUCAACAUUAAAGAACCACCAGUUACAAUUGUGGACCCAAAAGAUGACGUCCAUAUUGAGCGUUAUGUCUCUGAGGAGAUUGUCUUGAACUGUGAGCUGUCUCGUUCUAAUGGAGAGACUCACUGGUUUAAAGAUGGCCUGAAGCUCCAGGAGAAUGAGAAUAUCCGGCUCAGUGCUGAAGGCCCGUACAGGAGGGUGACCAUUCUCUGUGCUUCCAGAUGGGAUUCUGGAGAGUACGUGUGUGAAACAGGGGGUGACUCAGUUUUCUUUCAGCUCAUUAUCACAGAGGCUCCGGUCUGCAUUGUUCACCCCAGUGAGUCAGAAGUAGAGAUGUGUAUUCUGAGCUCUGAGAGGCUGAUCCUGAGCUGUGAGAUCUCCAAAGCAGAAGCAGAAGUUUGUUGGUAUCGUGAUGGCAUGGAGGUUGAGGAGAAUGAUAACCUGAUCCUGGAGAAUGAUGGAAGUUACCGCAGACUAGUGAUUCCCUGUGCUACUAUAGAUGAUUCUGCGGAAUAUGCAUGUGAGACUGCAGAUGACUCUGUCAUCUUUAUGGUGACAAUACAAGAGCCCCCUGUAAAGCUCUCUUGCUCCAAAGAAACAGGCAGCAUUACAGAGAGUUUUUCUGGUGACCCUGUGGUCCUUGAGCUUGAAGUUUCCCGUGAUAAUGCAGAGGUGUGCUGGAUGAAGGAUGGAGUAAAGGUGGAGGAGAGCAGCAACAUCACACUUACUGAGAAUGGCCUGAUACGCAAACUGACCAUCCAUUGUCCAACUCUGAAGGAUUCUGGGAUAUAUACCUGCAACGCUAUAGAUGAGACAAUGGAUUUCAAAGUCAAAAUUACUGAGGCACCAGUAAAACUCCUGAAUAAAGAUGAGAUCAAGACUGAGCACAAGGCUGUGUUGUAUGAUGACAUUGUAUUGGAGUGUGAGCUGUCCAGGGCCAAUAGUGAGGUCAACUGGUAUAAAAAUGGCAGGCCCAUUGAGGAGAAUGAACGCUUCUGUUUUGAGGAGGAAGGGGCCUUCAGAUCCCUGGUCAUUCUCUGUGCAGAGCUUCAAGACUCUGGAGAAUAUAUCCUAUAUACAAAAGAUGACAUGAUUUCUUUUCAUGUCAUAGUACAAGAACCUCUAGUGAAGAUCACUAGCAACUCUGGUGGUCCUGAUUACCAGGAGAUGGUGACAGGAGAAGACCUAAUCUUAGCUUGUGAGGUUUCACGAGCCAAUGCACCAGUUCAGUGGCUCUUCAAUGACAAGCCAUUGGUUCCUGAUGAGCGCAUACAUAUUGAAUGCCUCGGGACACUCCGCAAACUGAUCUUGUCCAACAUCCUCCUCUCUGACUCUGGGAAAUACAUGUGUGAUGCUGUUGAUGACAAGAUGAUAACCAUUGUUAAAGUUCAAGAGCCUCCUGUCAAUUUCCUCAACAAAGAGGAGGUGAAUUUGGUCACAGGCUAUGAAGCAGAGAGUGUGACUAUGACUGCCUUGGUUUCCAGACACAAUGCCCAAGUGCGCUGGCUUAAAGACUGGACUCCAGUCAUUGGAGAUCGUUUUCAUAUAACCAGCCAAGGCCUGACUCGCACUUUCACCAUUGACCCAUUAAAGAGGUCAGAUGUUGGAGAGUACACAUGUGAUGCAAAUACGGAUGAGAUGCACUUCAGUCUCCUGGUCAAAGAGAUGCGUAUUAAAUUUGUGAAGACACUGGUUGACACUGUGGCUCACAAAGAUGGUAUGAUCACACUACGCUGUGAGCUGUGCAAGGCCAAAGCAGAUGUCCAGUGGUUAAAGGAUGGAGUGGAGAUCAUUCCCAGCCGUCGGUUCACUAUCCGCGCCGACGGGCCAGAGAGGAGUCUCACCAUCCAUCGUAUCACCGAAGAAGAUGCCGGAGAGUACGCUUGUGAGUCCAAAGAUGACUGCACCAGCGCCCGAGUAAAGGUGCAAUUGCCCCGUGUGGUGGAAUUCCUUACAGAGCUUCACAACACCACAGUCAUGGAAGGUGAGGACGCAACCUUUAAGUGUGUGGUCUCCCCUGAUGACGUUCAGUUAGUCUGGCUCAUGGAUGGAGAACCCAUCAAACCCAGUGAUCGCUUCCAUAUGGAGCAGAACAGCCUCUGUCACACUCUGAAUAUCCGUAAGGUCCAGCUACUGGAUUCCUCCCGUAUCACUGCAGAGGCUGAGGGCAUCAUUUCUAAAGCCAGUCUCAAGGUCCAGGAGGCACAGGUGAUGUUUACAAAGAGAAUGGAGGCAGUGAUGGCUGAGGAGUUUGGAGAGGCUAUGUUGGAGACAGAAGUGAGCUUGGAGUCUGGGGAGGUGCAGUGGAUAAGACAGGGGGUGGUGAUCCAGCCAGGACCCAGACAUAAAUUGACCCAGAAUGGCUGCAAACGCAUCUUAAACAUCACUAACCUCAGCCUGUCUGAUCGAGGCACCUACCGCUGUGAGACCCUCCAUGAUCGCACACAAGUCAAACUCAAUGUGGAGCCAAGGAAGAUCAUCAUACGUAAGGGGCUGAUGGACACUGAGACAUUUGAGAGAGAGACAGCAUCCUUCGAGGUGGAGCUCUCUCAUGCUGAUGUAGAGGGUGUGUGGCAAAAAGAUGGUCUGCGUGUCAAACCUGGUAACACCUGCCGUGUUAGUUCUAACGGACGAGUACAUGGUCUCACCCUCUCCAACCUCACGUUAGAGGAUACGGGUAGCAUUGUCUUCUCAGCAGAGGGUCUGAGAUCUACUGCCAGGCUUCUAGUCAAAGAAACUCCAGUAAUAAUCAUAAAGAAGCUGUCCGAUGUCAGGUUUGAGGAGGGCUCUUCAGUCACUUUGGAAUGUGAGCUGUCUAGGAAAAAUGUGGACGUCAAAUGGCAGAAGAAUGGUUUGGAGCUGAAAUCCAAUAAGGCUUUGAGGAUUUAUUCCAUGGGACACAAACGCUAUUUACAGAUCCUGGAGUGCAGCAGCUCUGACUCAGGCAUUUAUACGUGUGACAUUGGGGACCUCAGCACAUUCUGCAAACUUGAGGUCUACGAACGUGAAUUAGAGAUCAUAACUGGCUUGGAGGACCUCUGCAUAAAGGAGGACCAGAAUGCCGUCUUUAUGUGUGAGCUGUCUAAAGAAGACAUGCCUGGAGAAUGGUACAAAGAUGGCAACAGGAUCCGUCCUACUUCUACCAUCAAGACUCGUAGAGAGGGCACAAAGCACUUCCUGCUUAUUUGCGAUGUGAAGGCAGAGGAUUCUGGAGAGAUUAAGUUUGUUUCCAAACAAGUGGAGUCAGUGGCUUAUCUUGAUGUUGAAGAGCUCCCUGCAAGCAUUGUCCGUCCCCUCAGGGAUCGUACAGCACUAGAGAAUCAUCGAGUGAUUCUGGAAUGCACUGUGUCAUCCCCACGUUGUGAUGUCACCUGGUACAAAGAAGAUGUGGAGCUUGAAUCCACAGAACACAAGGAGAUAAUAAAAGAGGGCUGUUACCACAAAUUGGUCAUUCACCAGGUGGCACUGGAGGACGAAGGAACCUACAGCAUUGAGGUUGGAGAGCUGACAUCUGCAGCCAAGCUGAUGGUGGAAGCCCAGUCUAUCCUAGUAGUGAAGUGUCUAGAGGAUGUGGAGGUAAAGACUCCGGAACCAGCUUGCUUCCAGUGUGAAACGUCUGUGAUCCUCAUCAAGCCCCCCAUCUGGACUUUAAACGGGGAGACCCUGCAGUCAGGACCCAACAUCAGAUUAGAGAGCCAAGGGAAUGUCCACAAACUGACAUUCAAAAAAACUACCUCCGACAUGAGUGGGACAGUCAAGUUUAGCACAGGGAAAGCCAAGACAAGUGCAAAACUGACAGUGCUGCAGUAAAUUAUGCGAGGUUAUGUACAUAAGGAUAAUACAAAAGAGAGAAAAACAUUACAUAUGAUCAUAUCCAAUUACAGUAAUUGAAGUAAUGCUCUUUACAUUUUGACCUCGUGUUGACUACAAUGGAACUAGAACAGUAAUUGGAAGUUUGAGAAAAAUGCUGUAAUGUAAAACUGAGGCUUUUGAGGUAAAUCUAGUUGUAUGGGUUUAUCAGCUAGAUGUGAACAGAAUGUAAUAGGGAAUGAAUGUCAUUGUAAACUUUAGAUAGACAUGGAAGUGUUAUGGACAUGCACAAUGGUUAAAACAAGAGGGUACUCCUUAUUUAACUCAAAUUAUUCUGUCUUUUUUAUUAAAUCUAUACAAUCAUGAAUCGAUGAAAUACAACUCAAGUCAAUAAAGAGUAAAAAGUA